UGCUGGGUUUAGGCACCUCUGCUCCAUAGCGCGAAGAGCGAAAGGCACGGCCGCCGCCACGCACCACCCCCCCUGCCGCCAACACGCUGUAGGUCCGCCGCCGGCAACAUUGAAGGGGCACCACAGCACACAAAGCAGAGAGUAAUGGCGUCAACAACCAUAUCGUCCUGCGCAUAUCAGGCAGUGCAAGGCGCCCACCGAUUGAAGAUCUGUCAGUUUAGUCACGGUAUUGUUGGCAUGGACGUCAAUGCUGAUGGUUUCAUCCGCUCCAGCACCUUCAGGGUUGGGGGAUUCGACUGGGCUAUCUUGUACUACCCAGAGGGUUAUGGCGACGACAGUGAGGGAUUCAUAUCAGUUUUUGUUGAGUUCAUGAGCAAGUAUGGGAAGGCGCCAGCGGUCGUCGACAUAAGACUGAUUGAUCAAGUCACUGGAAAGCCCAAAUCGUUAUUGUCAAGUGUAUUCUUUGAAGAGGAUGAGGAGCCAUUUCGAUUCAAAUCUGACAGCUUCGCAGAGGCUACCUGGGGUAAGGAGAGGUGUAUAAGAAGGGAGGCGUUGGAGGAUUCAGUGUAUGUCCGAGAUGACUGCCUUGUGAUCGAAUGUGUCAUCACUGUUUUAGGCCAAUUAAGGGUGUCUGAAACUAAACCAUUGUGUGAAAUUGAUGUGCCACCCCCUAACGCACUACAGCAUUUUCGCAAGAUGUUAGAGGAUACGUCCGCAGCAGAUGUGACCUUCGACGUUCAACAAGAAACAUUUGCUGCCCACAGGGCGGUGCUUGCUGCGCGGUCACCUGUCUUCCGGAAGCAGUUCAGCGAACCCAUGAAGGAGAAGAUGAGCCGCAUAACCAUCAACUCUGUGGAACCAGCGGUUUUCAAGGCUCUCCUCCAUUUCAUUUACACCGAUUCCUUGCCUGUGAUGGAUGAUUUCACUAGAGCUGAAAGCAAUGCUGUUUUCCAGCAUCUACUUGCAGCUGCGGAUCAAUAUGGUUUAGAGAGGUUGAAGCUUAUGUGUGCAGGCACCUUGGUUAUGAACCUUAAUGUGGAGAAUGUGGCUAGUGCACUAUGGCUAGCUGAUAAGUACAAUUGCCAGAAGCUUAAAGAAGCUUGUGUCAAUUUUAUGGCCCCUUCCAACAGAGUCGAUGCUGUGGUGGCAAGCCAAGGGUACCAGCUUCUGAAAAGAGGCUCUCCUUCUCCAUUAGCAGAUGUGUGGGAGAAGAGGAGCCGUGCUCGCCAAAGCUUUCUUUAGAGCAGAUCCAAAAGCUACAAUGCUAGAUUAUGAGUGCUUCUGUCAGCAGAAUGACUGGUAUGAUGAAAGCAGUUCCACCAAAAUUUAUUGUGCGUAUCUAGAUCCUGUGCUUUGAAAAAUCAUCUAAGCAGUCCCUGGUAACUCUUUAGCUUUUUGCGAGAAACUAUUAAUGUCAUGUUGGUCAUGUAUGUGUAGCUGUGAAAUGUUGAUCUUUAGAUGCAUUCCUGGGUCAAUUUAGCGGAUAUGCUCCAGCAAGUAUGUUCCGAAUGAUGUGUGAUCUGUUGAUUUGCAGCUUGUUUU